AUGUUUUAUGAACCUUCCCAGCGCCUGCGUUGGGCCAUAAUCAACGACAAACUUCCUAUUGUCGAGCACAUUCUCAAGCGUUGGCCAGACCUUUUGGAGAACCCCGAUUCACAGCACGAGGGAUGGACUUCGCUCCACUAUGCAGCAUACCAUGGUCGUCACACCAUUUGUGUUUUUCUGAUCACUGCUGGCCAUGACCGUGACGAAAUCUCUCUCGACUUUAACCGCAACACAGCCCUCCAUCUUGCCGCACAACAGAAUCGUGAACAGACUGUUCAUUAUCUCGCGCAACAUUUGCGGAGGUGUCUCUCAUGGCCAAACGCUUCAAAGGACACUCCUCUUCUUGUUGCGGCACGUGCCGGCCACCAGCCCAGUCUUGCACUGCUGCUGGACUUUGGCGCUGAUGUUGAUGAACAAGGCACAGACGGCGACCGUGCCAUUCAUAUUGCUGUGGCUUUUGGCCAGGUUAAAACCAUCCGCACUCUAGCUGAACGAAAAGCUGAUCUUACAUCUCCAAAUGCUCUUGGGUGGACUCCUAAAGACUACUGCUACUCGUACCAGACCCAGGACUUUUUGGCUGCACUUAUUGCCAAAAGCACAAAGAAAAACCUGGCGAAUUCUAAUACCCAGCUCGGCACUUCAUAUACCCCGUUUGCUAAAAAACCCCUCCCAGCUCCUAUAUCUGUUUCCGCUGCAAAUAAACAUCCGCCAAUCUCAUCUUCUGCUCCAGCAUCAAUGAAACUUCCUCCUAAACCUACCACGCCGACCCUCGCGCGGCCCACCAAACCCUUUGCAUCUAAUGCCGCAGGUUCUCCAUCGGCCCCACCUUCCACUGCCAACUCUCCAUCAUCUCCUGCAGUUUCCACACCUAUUAUGCCAUCAUUCCCUCAAAUUCCAUCUCCGGCAUCUUCACCUUCAUCUACUACUCUUCAAUCGCCUAAACCUUUAACAAAUAACGCUCCAGUUGCCCCCUCUCCCUUGCAUCACACCUCUACCAUUCUUAACGUUCCUCUUGUUGCAAAACCACAAAACUUUCACCCUCAACAGUACGUUUUCCCACCUCCCCAGCCUGCAUCCUCUUCUUCAGCAAAUACUCCCGUCGGGUCACCACAAUUUAGGCCAUCAACAUCGGCCUCCGCUUCAGGCACAGCCACAACAGUCACGGCACCACGCAAAUCAUCUUUCGAACAACAAAUUUCCUCUGGUUUGGACACAUCGCCUCUUCCUUACCCAACAUCUUUUAAUCACACAGGGUCGUUUUCUCUAAACACUUCACAGAAUUCUUCUGGAGUCACUGUCCUUAGCCAGCCUUUGGUACAAUCAUAUCUGCCAAGAUCUCGAAGUGACAGUGUCGCAACAAAUGCAUCGAACUCUUCUUCUUCAUCUUCCUCCUCGACUUCAGGCUUGCAAAUGCCCAUAUCUCUUUCUCAUCAUAACCAACAACAGCCAAGUACUCCAAAAUCUUUUACUACAACAACUACAUCCCCACCUCUUUCCCCGCCUCAUAAAAAUGUUAUUGGCCAACAAUUUGCCUCUCCAUCUUCAGCAUCUUCUUCUGGAAUGUCUGCACCGGCAUCCCCAUCAGCAAACGGUCCACCCUCUCCCCAGAAAAAGUUGCCCGCAAUGCUUAGCAGUAAAAGCAAUUCCAGUCUUUUGCUUCCAGAACCGCAGGUUCUACCCAGUGUUACUACUAGGAAAAUUCCACUUUCUUCAUCGAAAACUUUGACACCGGUCAGCUCGACUGCCAGCACCUCUAAGCCUCCUUCUCCAAAUUCUAAACAAAAGAUUCCCUCUCCAAAAUCAUCUUCUUCGCUCAAGAGCUACCUCAGCUUACAGUCGCUUAACGCCUAUCACGUCCAACCUCGGAUGCAGUCACUAAAGCCAACACUGUCUUCUACGUCUCUUCACAAGAAACAAGUAAAACAAGAAAAACAAGAAAAGAAACUCAAGGAAAAGGAAAAGAAACAACAAAAGCCACCACUAGUUAAGCCCAAAAUUUCUUCACCUUAUGUUAAUGCAAAUAUUGGAUCCGGAUCCAAUCCGAAGCCCUUGGCAAAUUCUUACUCCGGAUCUUCAACCCUUAAGCCAUCAACAACUGUUUAUUCUGGAUCUGCUAGUUCCAAUAUCAAGUCUUCGUCAAGCGUGUAUACCGGAUCUACCAACUCCAGUAUCAAGUCAUCGACAAAUGCUUAUUCUGGAUCAUCCAGCUCCAAUGUCAAAUUAUCGUCAAAUAUCUAUGCCGGAUCCACACCUUCACAAAUCACUACACUUCAAAGUCAAGCUCGCAGGCCGAGCUCAUCAAAUAGUAAUCAACCUGCUUCCCAGCUUUCUGCCACAUCUUCGGUUCUCCAGCUUUCCGCCACGUCUUCUACUCCUCUCCCGUCAUCACAAACUCCAUCAAACCUUAAUGCCUCAGUUUCCAAUUCUUCCUCAAGUGCCGCAACUGCCCCACCUCUGCGUGCAAAACCACAGCAGCCAUCGUACCAAUAUACCACGCCUUCGUCUGCUGGCGCACUCAGUGGUGCUGGAACUAGGGAUUUUCCCUUCCAUCCUCAACAAUUUCCCAUAAUGCCACCGCAACACAAUGCUGCUGCGGUUUCGGCUUCUAAGUAUGCUUUGGCCACAGCUGGUGCACCGCUUCCGUCGGGACCUGCCCCUGGUACGGCUACAACUACACCCAAUGGAACUAUGAUUGGUAUUCCGGAGCACAUGAUGCUUCAAAUUUCCAGUAAUAUGACAUCUACAUCAUCGGCCACAGCAUCGAGCAAUAAUACAUCUUCUGGUACACAAACCUCGGUAACUGCGGGGUCUUCAGGAGGGGCUUUGGCUGGAUUCAAUCCCUAUUUUUUGCAAGCUGGAAUUAGUGUUCCAGCUUCAUCAUCAUCAACUUCGUCUAUAUCGUCGUCGUCUUCAUCGGCAACUAUGCCGGCCCUUUCACCUACAAGUUCUAAUGGAUCAGUAACUGCGUCAUCGUCAGUUGCAACAAUAACAUCAUCUAACACAUCUCCCAACACAGUGACAAACUCUAAUUGUGUGAGUACCACGGGAUCUGAAUCAAAUGGCGAUAUCACAAGUCAGGAAGCUUUCUCGCUUUCCAAAUCUGUUACUGCGAGUACGUCUCAUCCUGGACCAUUUUUACAACAGCAACAGCAACAACAACAACAACAACAAUCGUCUUCUGCACAAAUUUUACCAAAGGCACACGGUCAGGGUCCUCCACGUCGGCCUUCUAAAACAAACAACUCGUCCAGUGCAGGAUCGAAUGGCAGUGCUAACAGCGUUAGCAGCGUUAGCAGUGGCAGCACUAAUGGACAAUCAUCCCAAAACCAAUCGGGAAAUCAAAGUGCUACACCUGUUUAUAAAACACCAAAUUUGCGUCAAGCUUCUUCAUCAUCUACCGACUUGACGACUUCGGGAAGCGGUCCUUAUCCUCCUCAUAUCCAUUCUGGUACUUCAGGAAACAAUUCACAACAACAAAAUUCUCAACACCAACAAGGCCAUCGAACUGUGAGCCAGCAAAACCAAGCGGCAGCGGCUGCUGCUGCAGCUCAACAAGCAAUACAAAAACCUCGGCCUCCAACAUCCUCUCAAAAUACCGGUCACGACUUGGAUAACCACCAUUUGCUGCAACAACCUUCGUCAAUCCCUGUUCAUCGUACACAAUCGACUACACCACCAAUUCCUCCCAAGCGUGUUUUUUCCAACAGUAAUACCACAGCCACUAAGGCACAUCAUGAUCUUGCGCAGAAUACCAAAGCAAACAAUGGAAUUCAUUCGCAUGCUGAAAGGCCACCGUCCCCACCUCCAAAGUCGGCUCAGCGUGUUUUGAAGGUCAGUGAUGUAAAUGAUUUGACUGGUAAUCACUUGACCAAAAACAUCAGCAACAGUAGCACAAUAUCGACAGAAUCUAAUGGUUCUGAAGCUUCUACAAAGUCAAAUGUAUAUGGUUUUGAUUUGAAACCUCAUACCGGAACGAAGCAUACCCCAAUGACUCUCGCACACCCUAAGCCUAUUAAACCACUCAAGCCUCCACAUUUGCAUAAUUUUGCGUCACGAACACCUUCUCCUGGAACGGCGACUAAUGGACAAGGUUUAGCACCAAAAAGCAAUGGCCAUGGCGACUUGACAAAAUUAAUUGCUUCUGCUUCUUCUUCCAAUUCUUCGCUAGUGACGGUAACACCGUCUACAGUUCCAACCCCGUCAAAGCAUCACGAAGCACCGCUUCAUGUAUCGAUGGAAUCAACAGCUGCAGCUGCAGCCCAAGCAGCUCUUGCUGAAGCAGAAAGGUUUGAGCAUAAUAGAGUUUAUGGAAAUUUUGAGGACCCGCUUCAGCUCCACAACCAUAGUUUUGAGGCCCAUCAUGUGCCGGCACAUACACCACCACCACCAACCUCUAUCCAACAACAGCCUCCAGGAUUUCAGUCUCAAAACCCAGUGCGCCAUGCUGGGAAAAAACCGUUGCAAGGACAUGCAACAGCCCAUGUGGGACACUCACUGCCCUCUCCUGGCCAUCCUGGCCCUACAGCUACACCUCAGCACCCCGCGCAACGCGACCAUCAUCCUUACCCACCCAUGCAUAAGCCUGCCAAGGCCCAAGGUAAUGGAGGUGGUGCAACUGCUGCUGGUACUGUUCAUGGAGGAGGAGUUGGAGCAGGAAAUGCGUACUUUACUACAGGAGCGGGUUCUUCCCAGGGACAUUACGGAAAUGUUCAUCCGCUACACAUUCCAGGGACUUAUACUUCUGCCCAUAGUGAAGAAGCUAAAUAA